AUGGAUCCAUUUGACCCCAAGGAAUCAACCGAGGAAUCUUUCAAGCUAAUGUGCUUGCUCCCUGUCAAUUAUGGCCUUUUAAAAGCAUCCGCUUUCUCAACUCUUGCUUGCGCUAUUGCUUUAUGGACCCUGGCCAUUGUGUACCUACCUGAUCUGGCCACAAAAAUGAACGACUUCCUUUUACUUACCUGGAUUCACCUGGAUGAUGCUUGA